AUGCCGUUGCUUAUCGCUGGUCGCACUUCCCUGCGACUUGUGGCGCGGCUGGGUCUCUCCAAUUUUCAGCUGCUGCAGGGCCUCUUGGCUGUUGUAUUUUUGCUCCACGCAGCCGACGGCGCCAUGCUUCCGGGCAUUUUCAAGGCGCUGGAGGAAGGUCUGACAGGAGCAACACCGGUGUCCUUGGGCGGCAUCGUUUUCAUUGAAGCUUUAUGUCACAGCUUUGCUGUCCUCGUGUGGGGAGUCCUGGCGGACAGACACUGCAAGUUGACGCUUCUGAUGUAUGCGAGCCAUGGCUCUCCGUGGCUUCUGAGGUGUUGGGAGUUCGACCGCUUAGAUGGCCGGGCGUUCGGCUGGCUCAUCGCCUGCGGUCAGAGCGGCUUCAUGCUCGGCGUGCUGCUGGCUGGAGCGACGAGCCACCUGAAGGCGAUCCACGGCUGGCGGGGCACCUUCCUCCUCUUUGGACUGCUCACGCUCUUGUUGACGUGGAUUCUGUCGAUGGCCAGACUGGAGGUGGCGCGCGGCCUCUUCCAAGAGUCUCGGACCUGGGCCCAGCUCAGUGCGGCCAAGAAGCAGGGAACUCCUUCCGGACUGCCCCUGCACGACAUAUGGAAGGACUUCCUGUUCAUGCUCCGGCGAUCCUCCUUUUGGGUCCUGAUCCUGCAGGGCGCUUUUGCCAGCACGACCGUCAAGGCCAUGCAGUACCAGAUCAUGUGGUACCAGUAUCUGGGCUUUAGCGACCUUGUGGCGUCCAGUAUAGCAUGUGCUGCUCCCUUCGGCAGCAUUUUCGGGUCGAUUGCGGCCGGCUUUAUCUCCGACUGGAUGGCCAAGCACUACCCAAGGCACGGCCGCAUCACAUAUGGCCAGCUGAUGGACUUAGUGAAAACGAUCGUCCUUCUCUACACGUUUGUUCUCAGCGACACUCCCAGGCCGGAUACUCCAAACAUCUUCAUCACGAGGACCGUCUUGAGUUUCUUUUUCGGCUUUUUCUCGAUCAUGGCAUACUCAGCAGUCGUCAAACCGCUGUUCGCCGAAAUCGUCCCGGCUCAGAUGAUCGCGCAGGUCAUCGCUCUGGCCGCAGCGAUCGACGGCGGGUUCGCAUCGAUAGCAAGCACUCCUGUCGUGGGAUUUAUCACGCAGCACUUUUUUCACUACAAGAGCAAUACGCUGCCCAUCAAAGACAUGCCGGCAGAUUUGCGGCGAGGCAAUGCCCAGGCACUUGGCCAGUCGAUCGCCUGGGUCACGCUGACGGGCUCAGUUGUGGCACUUGUCAUCUUCAGUUUUUUGCACUUCACCUAUCCGAAGGACCUUCGCGUCUCUAGACGGGUCGAAGCAGACUCUUUGCCGGCUGUGGAGGACGGCGAUUCAUCCUCUGACGCAGUGGAUGAGGAGGGAGGCCUUGCGAGCCAGACUUCACAGCCAGGGAAGAUGGUGAAGAAGGUCUCCUUCGACCUCGGAGCGCAAAGACGGAGUUCGUGUGCCGGCUGA